AUGCGCGGUGGUUUCAGAAACACAGUCGAAAGACUGGACCGCCCCAGCGCCUACUAUCAGAGCAGGAAUAAUAAGCGCAGGCGGAAUGAUCGCGGCCGCGACGACAGAGAUGGAGACGCGGAGAUGAUUGAUCAGAAACCAGAGGACAAGCCUGAAGAAGACCCUCUUGCUAACGCCACCACAUUAUAUGUUGGCAAUCUUUCUUUCUAUACAACUGAAGAGCAGGUCUAUGAUCUCUUUUCCAAAUGCGGCGAAAUCAAGCGUCUCAUCAUGGGUCUUGACCGGUUCCAGAAAACGCCAUGCGGCUUCUGCUUCGUAGAGUACUACACGCAUCAGGACGCAUUAGACUGCCUCAAGUACAUUGGCGGCACGAAACUGGACGAGCGUAUCAUCAGGACGGAUCUGGAUCCGGGCUUUGAGGAGGGCCGACAGUACGGUCGUGGCAAGUCGGGCGGUCAAGUGCGCGAUGAGUACCGAGAUGACUUUGACGAAGGCCGUGGUGGUCUUGGCCGUGCCAUCCAAUCCGAGAGAAUGAGAGACAACGAGCGGGACCGCGAGCAUGACAAGGAUGAGCAGAUGGAGAAGGACUACGGCAGGCUGAGAUAA